CUUUGGACAAAUUCACACUUCACAACAUUUUGGAGCAAAAGCCGCACACCUGAAGAUCUGUCACGACGCCCAAGUGUGCUUUGGAAUCCCUGCCUAAAAUGAAAGAAAGAAAUGGUGCUGAAAAUAUGUACGUGUAAUCGCUUGGCAUCAGUUUCAGGUAGAACAGGAACAGGAAGAGAUUACGACGCGCACGCAUCACUCAUCUUGCAACAAUUUGACAACACAAAUCAGUGCGACGCCGUCACAGGCUGAGGAAGAAGCGAGUCAGCGUGGGACUUAUACAGACGUCCCGGUGGACCGAGAUGUCGAGAGUCACGUCAACACCCAAGUUGGAAGAGGACAAAAUCCAACAGGCAAAGCAACAGCAACUCAGGGUUGCACAUGUCAAGCGGCUUUCAGUGCCUGAGGUUACGGUGAUUUGGCGCCAUCAAGCGCAUGACGUCACCGAGAUGAGGUCGGCCCAAAUUGAGACAAAAAGAAGGUCAUUUUACAGCUGGCUGUCUCAAGUGGUGAAACGUGUGGUGGUGUGCGUCGUCAACUACAGUUUUCGGCCCUCGGAAGCCGAUAACCAGCUAGACAAGGAAGUCUUGGAUGAGGUUCAUCACGCCGGCCGUGCUGCUUCAAAUCAUCCGCAACUCUCCAAUCUGGUUCUCCCCGAUCCAUUUUCAAAUCCCCUGCCUGUAAUUUCUGCAGUGACCACCGAUGUACUCACCGGGCCCCCUCCCAACACCACACACGUGGUCCGCUUGGAGUUGCACCCAUCCGAGCAACAGCAGUCGGCCGCCUACACCUACACCGUCCCGGCCUUUCCUCACGUCUGCUACUCGGGCCGAAGAGGAUGGCCGGGAAGCCACAACCAGUCCCGCUUGCCUCGCUCUUUCAGCUGCACUUGGCCCGGACAAACGGAAAAGAGCCCUGGCGUGACAACAUCUGCCAGCUCAUUGGACCUGUUCGUCAAAAACUUUGAGCACUGUACGCCGGACAUCACUUUGGGGGGGCCCAAGGAAACGUACCACAUACAUUGUUUCCGGGCCGGCGGCUACCAGUGCACGGCCACGGGCCUGGUCUUCGUCGUGGACGGACAAGGGGAUGUGCGUUAUAGCGUGGUCUCCUGGGACAUGGACCUCCUGGCCUCCAACCGCAAGAAGCCCGCAGGUCCGCUCUUUGACAUCGAGUGCGAGGGUCUGACGGUGCGUCAAAUUCACUUUCCGCACUGCGAGAUCCUGUCGGCGGGCGAGGUGGUCCACCCCUUGUGGGUGGCCCAUAUGAGGCACGAGGGCCUGGAGCUGAUCAGCCCCGAGGAGACCACCCCGACCCACGUCAUCGCCAACAUCUCGAGCUGCUCCGCUUUCGGGCUCAUGGAAAAUGACGACACUCCUCUCGUGCCCAUCCGUGCUCUGGUGGCCAUCUUCAUUGAUCCCGGGGUGCCGUCCCUCCAAGUUUUUUUACUCCCGGAGAAUGUGGUGCUGGAUCAAAUACGACGCGACCGGGCGAGAAAUAACGGCAACGAAAGGUUCAUCGAGACCAUUUCUGACUGCGAGCUGGUCCCGCAGCGGCAGUACACGCUGGCCAGCAGGAUGGAAUUAGACUCGGUCUACAUUCAACCGGACCGGGCGAAGUUUUACCCAGUGUCUCGCAACUACAGUCCUACGUUCCAAAUAUUUGAAUUUGGCAACUUGAGAUCAAUCCACCUGACACUGAGGGAACAUAAUGGCAUGGACUCCGUCUGGGGUGCCUUGGUUCCUUUGGUGGCAGAGGCACAGAGACAGCGUGGAUCCCUUGUUAGAGCUCUAAGAGACGUUUGGUCCGAGUUCAUCCUGCGGGUAUCGAUGCCCAUGUUGCAGAGCCUGGUGAACCGCCUGUUCUCGGCCAAUGUUCUCAGCGAGCUUGAAGAAGCGGCGCUGAGCAGCGAAACGAUACAAUUCCGCAAGGCGCGUUUCCUCCUCGUCACAAUCAUUAAUAAAGGUGAACCUGCUUGUGACAUGAUGGUUAGGUUUCUUCGUGAGUUAGACCCCUACACUGCGAAUAAUCUCGGUUUGGCGUGAACAUCGAUGUCGCAAGAGGCCACCCCGAAUGCAGCCUGGAUCCCCAGCAGACAGACGGACAGAAGAUUAGUAAAGAGACCAAGGAUGGGCAUCUUUGUUUCUCAAGGGCCCCGAUCCAGCAUGUUAUAAUUUCACACGCACUUAUUUUCUGUUUCAUUUCUCUAAAUUGUUACUUGAGAUUGUUUUCACAACAUACUAUACGAAGCAAAUUGUGAUCAUUUUAUGAACAGGUACGACUUGCAUUUUAUCAACCAGCAUGUCUUCAACUGUGUUUUCUGUAGCUGUGUAAUAUCAGUUCAUCUAUAAAUGUGUUUGAUCAACAACCAAUCUGGCAGAAGAAUGUGACAGGUGCAAUCAACAUCGCUGAUCACAGAAGUUUUUUCUUUGGACCUACAUGUUAUCAAUCUGUGUGUUAGAAUAAAAUAAAAGUACCGGUAAUAAAAAACAAGAGAUUUUUAUUUUAUUUCUUAUUGCCAGUUCAGAAUAGAAUAAUAGUUGCACAUGCCUCCCUCCUCCAAUAUGCUUGAUAGAAAUGAUCAGCUCUUCAGAAUGCACAGGAUCCUGAUUAUUUGAAUCGGGUGCGUUGGAGGAAGGAGACGUUUAAAACAUACAGCGUGGACCGGAUUUGGACACCCGUGAACGAUUUUGGACAAAUCCAAAUACCGGUAGUUAAAAUUUGAAAUGAACGAAUGCAUAAUGGACAUGUCCUGCACAGCUGAAGGCAGCAUUGUAACAGCCAAUGAGCGUCUUCUGGGGGCGGGGUUAGAUCAACUUGGCGACCCUUCAUAUAAUCUCAUCGUUUGACAGGAUGUCAUAAAAUGUAUCUAGCUGCAGACAAUCCAAACUAUAUCAAGUGAUACGCUCACUGUCCUCUUAUUAAACCAAUAAUCUCCGUCAACAAACGUUACGCCGUCAUAUUGAACAGAUGUUUACAGCUGAAUGAAGCGACAAGUGACAGGUGUCGGUCGAAGUCAGGUGUUGAAGUCAUUGUUGAAGCGUUGUUUUUAAAAGUUUGCCAUAGAAACCAGCUUUU